CAGAGAGUGGGACUUGUAUUUGCCUUGGGAUGGAUGUUCCCCCAGCCCUCUGUUUCUCACACCUUGUAAAACCUUGGUGUAAUCCUGCCACCACCCUGUGCUCUGUGCUGGGAUCCCAACCUGCUCCCCAGCAUCCUUCAUUCCCUUCCCUAACAUCCUCUUCUCUCCUGGAUCCCCAACUUCUCAUCUUCCCAGUACAAUCAGUGACUGCACAUCCCUUCCCUUGGCCUAUACUCAUCCAGCUCCUCAUACCCAGCACCACCUUCACUACAAACAGUCCUGUGGACGGUCUGUCGCAAUCCUCAUUGGCCCCAGCAAAACCCAGGGUGCAAUUCUGCCUUCUCCCUGCUUGUCCAUGACACACUCUGGAGCCAGGAGCAGAGGAGGAGGUGGGGAUGCUCAGCUAGGGUAAGUGGGAAGGCAGGGCUUUGCUCGUCUUCAGUCCCUGUGAGCUGUGGGGAGACCAGGGGCAAAGCCCUCGCUGGGUGGGUGGGCAGGAGCUGCAAGCUCUUCACAGGCAAGUUGGAGCCUUCAGUACAGACUGGGUCCCACCUCCAGGUGACUCCUUCUCUCCCAGACACCACCCUUGGGAAGUUCUGCCGAGCUGGGCACUAGAGGGAGGUGUUCCCUUGCCUGUUCAGGACAUUUUAAAACAAAUUCAAGUCUUGAAAUAGCACUGCUUUGGCUGAACAAACACUGGUCCUCCAGCAACCUUCCACUUUUGAUUAAAAAAGUGGAGAUCUCUGAGGAUCUAUGGUGAGAGGAUGAUUGUGACCAUGUCCUGUGCUGCAGGCUCCAGUUGUUGUUGCGUGUUGCUAACAUGCUCUCUGAAUCUGCCAUAUCACGAGUGAAAUAACAUCCUUCAUACUGAAAUGAGAGACUCAUCAGCUCUUAAAGUCUCCAUCUAAAAUUAACAGAUGUUCUGCAGAUGGUACCCUGUUUCCUCUGAUCUCCUGGAAGCAGCUCCAUGCCUUGAUCACCUGUUCAUGUUCAUGUUAACCCCUUUAGUGGGGCUCUGAUUGCUGAGCAGCAACUGAAAGUCCACAGCACUGUAAAGAAUGAGAAAAGCAGGAACUCCAUCCCUUGCUUUUAUUUUAGUGAAGAUCUAAUUGCACAGAAAAUAACAGAGAAAAUUUCCCCAAAGAGAAUAAGGUAUUUCUGAAAGAGUGUGAACAUUGGGAAAUGCCCUGCGAGCUAAGCUGAACAUGAUAUAAACAUGGGAAAGAAGUCAAUGAAUAUGGGUAUAAGGAGAAUAAUUUAGUUUCUUGGGAAUGUGGGCACUGAUGGUCUUGUUGGGUUGUUUUAACAAAUGGCAAUAUGAAUGGUUAAAUCUGUAUCCCAGGGGUGCCUCCCCCCAUUCAUUCAUUAGAGAUGGAGCACACAGUUGGCCAGCAGACAUUUUGUUUCCUUGGCUUCUGAUGGUGUCCCGGGGCCUGUCCAAAGCCAGCUCAGAUCUCAGAUACAAGCCAUCAACCAUGCAUUCUGAGAAGUUGUCACCAAUCGUGGAGUUAAAUGUUGGUGGGGAGAUGUACACGACAACACUGAGCACCUUAAAGAAACACCCUGGAUCCAAGCUGGCAGAGAUGUUCACCGGCCAACCCAAACUCAGGACUGACUCUGAAGGGAGGUUCUUCAUUGACAGGCCAGGUACCUACUUCAAAUACAUCCUGGAGUACCUGCGCAGUAACCAAGUGCCCACCCAAUGCAUCCAGGAUGUCUACAAGGAGGCAUUGUUCUAUGACAUAGAACCUCUAAUCAAGCAGCUAGAGGACUCCCCACAGAUCUUUGGGGAGCUUGUGGCAAGGAAGCAGUUUCUGGCUCGUGUGCCCAACUACAGUGAGAACAUUGAGCUGAUGAUCCGCAUUGCGAGGGCGGAAGCGGUUGCAUCCCGCCGGUCCAGCGUCAUUGUAUGUGUGGUCAGAACUGAGGAGGACGCGGCCAGGUGUCAGGAUGCCCUGAACAGUUUGGACAUGGAUAAAAAGUCUGUGGUGAAAUUUGGCCCCUGGAAGGCUGCGCCAAGUAUUUCUGAUCUUCUGGACUGCAUUCAAAUGGAUGUUGAAGCCAAAGGGUAUAAAGUAUCCUUUCAGCCCCACAUUGCUGAAAAAGGUUUUCGCUUCAAAUCACAUGACUUCUUCUACAAGUUCCUGUUCACCUGGUGGUAGCAAAAUGCCAUCAUUGGUGGGGAAUGGAAGGAAGCAAUUAUUAAAACAAAUUGGCCUGGGCCAUAGAGACUAAGCCAUAGACUACCAGAGAAACAGGAAGAAAUGCAUGGGUCAAUGAAAGGAUAUUCUUUGGCUGUUUGCCAAAUUAAAUUAAGCACUUAACAGUUACUAUUUUCUUGGGCUUUAGGGGAUAGCUUUCUAGGGGAUUUAAAAAGUACCAGGAAAAGGAAGAAUUUUACUCUUUCAGUGUUGCUGACUAUUUGUUAAAUUUAGAGAGAUGGAUCUGUGGAUCGAACCAACCUCACUCAACCUGAGAGAAAUGAAUAAUCCCAAAUGUGUCUCAUGGAUAUGUAGAGUUGGUCUCUUGGUGCAAAUGGGAACAGGUCACACGUGAAAAUCCUGAUGGAAAUAGUGACAUCAACACAUGCUCAAAUUAAAUUUGGCUUCUUAAUGAGAAGGCAGAAGCUCUUCUUCUCCCUGCUUUCCACACCAGAACCUGGGUUAAAAAGAAGGAUUCAGUGUCUAUGAUCUCUUCUUAUUCCUUCAGUAGACAGCCUGCUCUCUAGUUGAUGUAUUUAUUACCAUUAUUUAUUAUUUAUUCUGAAGGAAAGAUAGAGAACCUCAGUUCCAGGAUCAACAAAAGGCAAAAAUACCAUCACUUAUAUGAGAAGUUUAUAAUCUAAGGACAUGCACUCAUCUCUCAGGCCACCCAAUUUUAAUUUUUUCUUAUGACAUUCAUUAUUAUUAUUAUUAUUAUUAUACUAUUUCUAAAUAUAUAUGCUUCUGGAAGAAUUGGGAAAAUUCACCCUGAUUUGAUGGGAAGGAAGUGUUACUGAAGCAGUAGCCUGAAAAUUCUCUUUUUUUACAGAACACAAGUUGGGUCCUAAAUUGUGUUUUAAAAAUCUUAGAAUUUGAAAGUUUAUUUUUAUACUGGAUAUGUCUUGGUUUUAAUCACUCUGAAAAUCAUAAUAGCUAAUUUGAUAAUGAUUGUAUUUCCUUCACUUCUUAGAAGAUGGAUUUCUUCCAGUUAAGGACAAUAAUCAUAGAAUCAUAGGAUGGUCCCUGAGAUGUUAAAUAAAUAACU